AGAAGAAAAAACGAAAAAGAAAGAAGACAACAAAUAGACGGGAUCGGCCAUCGGCAAACACUGAGAGCGGCAAUCUAUGAAUUCGCUGCUCAAGUUUCGAAAGCCAUUAAGCUCUUCUUUCACCUCAUUAUCCUUGCAACGCUUCUCUUCAACUCUCAACUAUGUUUUCGAGGAGAAAGAGGAGGCGACGAGCUUUGUACACCCAACUUCAAUUGUUCAUCCCAAUGCUGUGGCCAGGGUGUUUCAGUAGGUCCUUUUUGCACAAUUGGUUCUUCUGCAAAGCUAGGGAACGGAUGUCGAUUGCAUCCUUUGAGCCAUGUUUUCGGACAUACAGAAUUGGGGAACCACUGCGUUUUGAUGACUGGUGCGGUGGUCGGUGAUGAUAUUCCCGGGCGUACUGUAAUUGGAUGCAAUAACAUCGUCGGCCAUCAUGCUGUGGUUGGUAUCAAAUGCCAAGAUAUGAAAUACAAGUUAGGGGAUGAAUGUUUUCUUGUUAUUGGGGACAACAAUGAGAUCAGAGAAUUUACUUCAAUCCACCGAUCUUCAAAAGCAUGUGAUAGAACGGUUAUCGGCGACAACAAUCUUAUCAUGGGAUCUUGUCAUGUUGCACAUGACUGCAAAAUUGGUAACAAUAACAUAUUUGCUAAUACCACUCUCCUGGCAGGUCAUGUCAUCGUGGAGGAUUAUGUGCACACUGGAGGAGCAACUGUUGUUCAUCAAUUUUGUCAUAUUGGCUCGUUUUCUUUCCUUGGUGGUGGAUCUGUGGUUUCGCAAGAUGUCCCGAAGUACAUGAUGGUUUCUGGAGAUAGAGCUGAGCUUCGUGGUUUGAAUUUGGAGGGUCUUCGGCGUUGUGGAUUCCAAGUCACAGAGAUUAAGAGUCUGAGAACAGCUUAUAGAAAAAUUUUCAUGCCAAGCGACACAAAUUCUAUGGGUUUCGAUGAGCGUCUCUCUGAAGUGGAACAUAAUGAAGAUUUGGGCAGCAUUCCUGCUGUAUGUUCCAUGCUCCAGUCCAUUCGUGAUUCUUUCGCCGGAAAUCGCCGUGGAAUAUGCAAAUUCAGACAAUGGAGCCGUUCUUGAAAGCAUUUCCAGAAUCUUUAUGACAAAUGUAGCUUUCCGAGCUUUGUAUUCUAACUGUAGCGUAGCGUGUGCUGUCAUGAGCCAAUCCAAGAAGUUUUAGCUUGUUUCGUGAAGGUUUGAUUUGUGGUUCUCUGAUAUGUACACAUACACAUUUCGACUGCGGCUGCUAUUGUUUUAACCCAUGUUACCUAGACUAGGGAGUUUGUGUCGGACACAAUCACCUAGACCAGGGAGUAAGUGUCGGACACAUCUGUGUUGUGUCCGACACAUCUGUGUUGUGUCCGACACGAGUGUACUCGAUUUGUUUUCAAGUAUUUGAUAUAUUCAGAUUAUUGUAUCCUCCUAUCUAUGUCGACAUUAGUACAACAAACAAAAUGAAG